UAAAAAAACACUCCGUGCGAGUCAUUACACGCCAAAUAAAAUGUCGUCGGCCAAGGACAGCGGGCAUUACGCCAACUAUGUGGGACCGUACCGCUUGGAGAAGACGCUGGGUAAAGGACAGACAGGUCUGGUGAAGCUGGGUAUCCACUGUGUGACGUGUCAGAAAGUUGCCAUAAAGAUUGUCAACAGAGAAAAGCUCAGCGAGUCUGUUCUUAUGAAGGUGGAGCGGGAGAUAGCCAUUCUGAAACUCAUAGAGCAUCCCCACGUUUUAAAGCUGCAUGACGUCUAUGAAAAUAAGAAAUACCUGUACCUGGUGCUAGAGCACGUGUCCGGGGGGGAGCUGUUCGACUACCUUGUGAAAAAGGGCCGGCUAACGCCUAAGGAGGCCAGGAAGUUCUUCAGACAGAUCAUCUCAGCCCUGGACUUCUGCCACAGCCACUCCAUAUGCCACAGAGAUUUGAAGCCGGAGAACUUGUUGUUAGAUGAGAAGAACAACAUCAGGAUAGCAGACUUUGGCAUGGCGUCUCUGCAGGUCGGGGACAGUCUGCUGGAGACCAGCUGUGGAUCUCCACAUUACGCCUGCCCAGAGGUUAUCAGGGGGGAGAAGUACGACGGGAGGAAAGCCGAUGCAUGGAGCUGUGGAGUCAUCCUGUUUGCACUUUUAGUGGGCGCCCUGCCUUUCGACGAUGACAACCUGAGGAAUCUUUUGGAGAAGGUGAAGCUGGGAGUUUUCCACAUGCCUCACUUCAUCCCUCCAGAUUGUCAGAACCUUCUGCGCGGUAUGAUUGAAGUGGACGCCGGCAAGAGGCUCACGUUAGAGCAGAUCCAGAAGCACACGUGGUACCUAGCUGGAAAGAACGAGCCGGAGCCCGAGCAGCCCGUCCCCAGGAAGGUGGCCAUCAGGACUCUGGCUGCCACCGAGGAGAUCGACCCCGACGUCCUGGAGAGCAUGCACUCUCUGGGCUGCUUCAGAGACAAGGAGAAACUGACCAAAGACCUGCUGUCUGAGGAAGAAAACCAGGAAAAGAUGAUCUACUUCCUGCUGCUGGACCGCAAGGAGAGGUAUCCGAGCCAAGAGGACCAGAACCUGCCGCCACGCACCGAGAUCGCAGACCCUCCCAGGAAGCGCGUGGACUCUCCCAUGCUGAGCCGCCACGGUAAGCGGCGGCCAGAAAGGAAGUCAAUGGAGGUGCUGAGCGUCACGGAGGGAGGAUCGCCCGUCCCGGUGCGACGAGCCAUCGACAUGGCGACCAACGGUCAGAGCAAAUCUGUUUUCAGUAAAAGCUUGGAUAUCACAAACGCUAACUGCAGCAAGGAAGAAAGAUCGCGGUCCAUCAGCGGAGCGUCCUCCGGUCUGUCCACCAGUCCUCUCAGCAGUCCCAGGCCCACCCGGCGGUUUUUCAUCCCACCUCAGUCCCCAGACCUGUGUCAAUCCCCCAACUGCAGCCCCACCCACUCCCCCGAGGUCCGCCUCAACGGGGUGGGGCCACGCACGCCCAACUCCUACCAGCCAAAGAUGGGGUCUCCCCUCAUGCACCCCCGCACGCAGACCCUCCCCGCCAAGCCCAAAGUGUCUGAGAAGCCCCUACAGACCACCAGAUCCAACCCCCUCCCCAACACCACCCAGACCCCCACCACACCCAAAUCUGAGCCGUCCACGCCGUGCCAGCCUCUGGCUCCGUGUGUCCCCAACAGCCCGCGAGUGAGACGCCACCCUCCCCUCACCGUCCCCCCUAAACUCUCCAUCCCCCUCUCCCCGGUGGCUCCCAUGUCGCCACGUCGCCGCUACCACCUCCACCCUGACCACAACGGCAAAUCUGUCCCCAUCACGCAGGUGACCCCCCACCCCUCCCCCCGAGGGAGCCCUCUCCCCACCCCCAAAGGCACCCCGGUGCACACGCCCAAGGACAGCCCGGCUGGCACGCCCAGCCCAACACCACCGCCCAGCCCGUCCAUCGGCGGCAUGCCCUGGAGGACACGCCUCAACUCCAUCAAGAACAGCUUCCUGGGCUCGCCACGCUUCCACCGCAGGAAAAUGCAAGUUCCCACCCAGGAAGACAUGUCCAGUCUGACUCCAGACUCUUCUCCAGAACUGGCUAAGAAGUCGUGGUUCGGGAACUUCAUCAACCUGGAGAAAGAGGAGCAGAUCUUCAUCGUGAUCAGAGACAAACCUCUCAGCUCCAUCAAGGCAGACAUCGUCCACGCAUUCCUCUCCAUCCCCAGUCUGAGCCACAGCGUCAUCUCUCAGACCAGUUUCCGGGCGGAGUAUAAGUCCACAGCCGGUCCGACAGUUUUCCAGAAGCCCGUGAAGUUCCAGGUGGACAUCACGUACACGGAGAGCACCAGCGCCACCAAGGACAACGGGAUCUACUCCGUCACCUUCACGCUGCUCUCAGGUCCCAGCCGGCGUUUCAAGCGUGUGGUGGAGACCAUCCAGGCCCAGCUGCUCAGCUCCGACCAGCCCGGCAUCCAGCCCCAGAUAUCUGAUGGCUCUCAGCGCUCAGCUGCUUUGCCCAGUAAAUCCUCCAAGCGUGGCAGCCCGUUGAGUAACUUCUUUGACGUAAUUAAACAGCUUUUUUCAGACGACAAGAUCCACUCGUCCGUCUCCCCUGGCGCCCCCGCCGCGCCUAGCUCCCCCGCCAAGCAUGCCCCCGGCAGCAAGCCCGGCCAGCCCCCGCCCAGUGACUCUAAAUGCCCCCCCGGCAAAGACAAAACAAAGACGCCGGCCGGCAACAGGACACAGGAACAACCUUAAGGAGCGGUAGCUGUGCAUGCCUAGAGAAAAAGCCGUAAUCAGGUCAUUUAGCGGGACGAGGACCCUUCACUUAGGAGUGAAAACAAAAGAAAAACAAAUCUACUUUUGGCCUAUACAUUUUCUACCGUAUAAUGGGAAUGGCUAUAUCAGUUUUAAAGUUGAUCAGUAUUUUACAAUACGUAGCAAAUGUAGCUAAUGUUGUCCCUACCUUGUGUCCCUCUGUGUCUCCUCGGGGGUCUUUCGGUGGGUGUGUGUCCUUCCUCACAUGUGUGAUGGCUUGACUUGUCUCUGCCACCAGGGAUCAUCCAUAAUAACUAUUAACUUGGAGACCGAGCGACACCAAGAGAGUCUGAAGAAAAGAAAAGAGGAAAACCCUUCCCUUCCCUUCCCUCUCCCCUCCUUACCCCCCCUCCCUCUCCUCCUCCUCCCUCUCUUCGAGUCCUUUCUCCGGCCGCAUCAGUAGAGUCCACUUCGCCCCCCCCCCUCCCGACCAGACCAAACAUAGAGACAUCUCGUAAAAA